CAGGAACCAAUCGACCGGCUUCAGCGGCGAGGGCCUUUGUGCCCCUCGAAGUGACGGUGAACGAGCUCGUCAAAGUCGAGUCACCCAAGGACACUUGGAGAUGGGUGAGGCUGGCCUUGGUGGGCGAGAGGGGACACCGGAGCGGCGGGCGCCGGGUCAGGUGGUUCGCGCGAACCUGCGGCCGAAGGAUCACCUCAGUGGCGGCUGCAUCGCUUCGGAGACUUGUGAGUGGAUGAACCGGGAGGGCUUGAAGAGCUACAAAUGCAGCUUUCGAUACCAUUCUUGUCUUGGAGGACCGACAGGAGCAUCCGCUGGCUUUGCCUCGCAAGGCAGGCAGCGGAGUUGCGGGCACCGGUUCAGGGGGGCCCGUGCACCUGGUGGCCGGGCCAAACGGCUUGGUCCCAACUGGGCCAGAGGAGGUGAACAUGCCGCAAGAGGUGCCGCGUUCCCUGCCUGAGGGCUACAAACCCGUUUGGGGUUGAAAACUCUUGAAGAUCUUCGUGUCGCUGUGACUUGCUAAAGACUAGCAAGUUUCAGGGUUUUCCAUCUUGGGCUCCAGCAUUCCAUGGAUUGAAUUCGGUUCAAUGGAAUUCAUUGCAUUGAGUUCUUACAGGCCGAAACUUGAUGGCGUGGCCGAAACAUUCCGGCAUGAGGAUGUGGCGCUGCUUCGGAGGUGAACCUGGCCAA